AAAAGUCUCCCCACACGCAGACACAAUAAAGAAGCCGGUCGGUCGCCUGGAGCUUGGCGGCGCAAAAGCUGGUCACUGGGGUUGUCCCUUCACUGGCGGACUUUUACGCAAUCUCCCAGGAAGAAACGUGCGGUUUGUUUUGGCAUGCAGCGGCAUGCGCAGUUUUUACAAAAACCGGCUUUUAUAUUUGUUUCAGCGUUUUCUCUGGAUUUAUAUGCAUCUAUUGAACGCCUUCGUAUAGGAUAAGGUGACCACAAGGGACUAAGCCUGGGCGCGUUGGAGAGUUUGUAUUGUUUCCCAAGGCGAGGUUUUUAAAGGAAUAAUAUUGCAAAGGUGGUCGACUGCGUUUUGGAGUGAGCAUGCAGCGGAUGAUGAUGUCGCUCACUCGGGCAGUCCUCCUGCUCCUGUCCGGUCUACUCGCUGCGCCGUGCGAGGUGCGCGGCUUCGGCGAUGAAGUGGAGGAGAUCACCUGCGACCCCAUCCGGAUCAGCAUGUGCCAGGGCUUGGGAUACAACGUCACGAAAAUGCCCAAUCACGUCGGUAACGUGCUCCAGUCUGACGCAGAAUUGCAGCUGAACACUUUCACCCCUCUCAUACAGUACGGCUGCUCCAGCCAGCUCAAGUUCUUCCUGUGCUCGGUCUAUGUGCCGAUGUGCACGGACAAAGUGCCAAUUCCGAUCGGACCAUGUGGCAGCAUGUGUUUAUCUGUCAAGAGAAAAUGCGAGCCAGUGCUUCAGGAGUUUGGUUUCAAGUGGCCCGAUCAGGCGCUCAACUGCAGCCAAUUCCCGCCUCAGAAUGACCACAAUCACAUGUGCAUGGAGGGCCCGGCGGAUGAUGAUCCGCCAUAUUACCGCCAUCCUCCGCACCAGGAGGAGUGCCAGGCCUUGGGAUCUGCAGCCGACCAGUACACCUGGCUGAAGCAGACAGACAGCUGUGCACUCCAGUGUGGCUACGACAGCGGGCUCUACAGGCGUGGGGCCAAAGUGUUCACGGAUGCCUGGAUGGCAGUUUGGGCUGUGUUGUGCUUUCUGUCCACCACUUUAACAGUCCUGACCUUUCUGUUGGAUUCCCAACGAUUCUCCUACCCUGAGAGGCCCAUCAUCUUCCUGUCCAUGUGCUGCAAUUUGUACAGUGUUGCAUACCUGGUCCGGUUGACUCUGGGUAGGGAACGUGUGUCAUGUGACCUGGAUGCCACCGAAGUUCCUAUUCUAGUGCAGGAAGGACUGAAGAGCACCGGCUGUGCCAUCGUCUUCCUCUUGCUCUACUUCUUUGGCAUGGCCUCCUCUCUUUGGUGGGUGAUCCUGACCCUGACGUGGUUCUUGGCUGCGGGAUUAAAAUGGGGCCAUGAGGCUAUUGAAAUGCACAGCUCCUACUUCCACAUAGCGGCUUGGGCCAUCCCAGCUGUUAAAACUAUUGUCAUUCUCAUAAUGAGAUUGGUGGAUGCUGACGAUCUGACUGGGCUAUGCUAUGUAGGCAACCUCCAGCAGGAGGCGCUCACGGGCUUUGUAGUGGCACCGCUAGCAACCUACCUUCUUAUAGGCACCCUAUUCAUCUGUGCUGGCCUCGUCGCACUUUUCAAGAUCCGCUCCAAUUUGCAGAAGGAUGGCGCCAAGACGGACAAGCUUGAGCGUUUAAUGGUGAAGAUCGGAGUUUUUUCCGUGCUUUACACAGUUCCUGCGUCCACUGUGAUUGGCUGUUACCUCUACCAACUUUCUCACUGGGGAGAUUUCAAAGCCACCACGCAAGACUCGUACGUUGCGUCAGAGAUGCUUCGAAUCUUCAUGUCGCUGCUGGUGGGCAUCACCUCGGGCAUGUGGAUCUGGUCAGCCAAGACCCUCCAUACGUGGCAACGCUGCUCCACCCGCCUACUCAAGGACAGCAGAGUAGGUCGAGCGGGAAAGCGAGGACCGGGCAAGGGUUGGAUUAAACCGGGGACGGGCAACGAGACAGUGGUGUGAGGAAAAAGAACGGACAAGACUGAACUUGGUUCUUUAUCUCACAGACGCUCACCCUGACAAAAGGAGGAUGUACUACAAACCACUGGAUGUGAAAGGCGGUGAAAAAAGGGUGGACAUGUUCAAAAACUAGUAGCAAUGGUAGCCCCUUGAACCCUGCUAAAGACUUUUUCGAACCCAGAGAGAUGGAAGACAAACAACACAGACAAAGCAGGUAGCAUUGAAGCAUUACCGUGAAAAUUGGAAACAAAAUAAGCUUAGUAGUGCCACGUCUACCUCUGCCUCAAUUUUCGACUCAGCAGCAGGGACUGAACCUGCUGGGUACAAUAGCCCCUCUACCUUAAAGGCCUGUGAAGGCCAUUGAUCACUCCAUGUCCAGAUGGUAUUCAGAUACAGCCUGAGGUUUCCCAAAGUGCCUCGUGUGUUUCUCUUUUAAACGGAAUGGGAAAUGGAAAAGACAUACCAGACCAAGAGUUAGAAUCACGUGUCAAACGGCCGUACGUUCCUAUAAUGUAGUAGCAACGUUUUUUUGGCUGACACUAUUUGAUCAAUGCAGAUGUUUGUAAAUUGGGGGGGCAGCGGCUUCAACCUGUAAGAAUGCACUAUGAUGAAAAACAUGAAGUGAUUGUGCCUGCCACAAGUGCAUUCAUUUGAAUAGCAGACUGGUGCAUAAAAGGUCAAAAGCACAGAGAUCCACAAAUCAGGGAAAACUACUGUAUGUAAACAGAAUAACCAGUUGUCAUUGUUUUCUGGCCUUCUAUCUGAGAACUGUCAAGGAGGGCAACAAUAUCAAAUUAUAUUGGACUAAAUUGCGAACCUGAAAUCUGAAGUUGCUUAUAGGAGCAAUUCACUUGGGAGAAGCUCGACCUCUUCGUCUAGAAGGCUCUGUUAUCUUUAUAGACCCUACUUUUUUUUUAAAUUAUGUGUGCAGUCGCCUGGGAACCGGGGACUGUAUAUGCUCACAGGUUAAUGGGCAGUCCAGGAAAUUAAAGCUGCCCUUUCCAAACAUGAGCCAAAAUUCAAUGUUAUUGGACAAUCACUUGCCAAAAGACUCAACAUUCAAUACUAAAUAGCAGUUGCAAAAACAUGCCCUCAUACAACUAUAUUUUUAAACACAGAGAAGGAAUCAAACCCACUCCCCAUAGAAUAUCUAUGACUGUAUAGUGAUCUCACUUCUGGGGAAAUAUCAGUUCCACUUUGACUUUUCACAGUCAAUGAAAUCAUCCAAGUUCCACAAAGAGAAACAUGUUCAAGUGACGCGUGUCUGGAGUGCAUUGUGGCUGGACAAUCAAACUACUCCCAGAAAUAAUAUCCUUCAAUGUAUUUAAGAAUUGGGAAAUCAUCAAUUCACAAGUACCGUAAUUUUCGGACUAUAAGUCGCACCGGAGUAUAAGUCGCACCAGCCAUAAAAUGCCCAAAAAAGUGAAGAAAAAAAAACAUAUAUAUGUAUAUAAGUCGCUCCUGAGUAUAAGUCGCCCCCCCACCCAAACUAUGAAAAACCCCCGCGACUUAUAGUCCGAAAAUCACGGUAUCUCACUCACCAUGUCUUAGUGCAGCAUUCAUCAAUGUACACGUGUGUUUGCACGACAAUCGGAAAAAGCGCUUGCGUUUCAGUGAGUCUUGGAAUGUAUUAUAUUUGUAAUGUGUGUCACAUUUAGUUCUCGUACAAGCCAGAGUCCAACGUUGGGAAUUCAACUGCACAAGGACUUAUGAUACAAGCAUUAAUGUAAUGUGAAAAUCAGAUAGUGCCUUGCUGUAAUACUGUCACAUGUAUUUUGAGGUCAAUCUACAGAGAUAGGCGAGGAUAUCAGUUUACAGACUUGGGUUGUGUCUCAGCCUACCAAGGGAAAUGAGACCUUGUUGUAGAUAUUUCUAAAUAUUGUGGCGAACCUGAGAAGCUUGGAGCAGCCACCAGUGGUCCCCGGCACAGCAUACCUUGGCGCGCUGAUUACAUUUCCUAAGUAAAACAAACAUUACGUUGAGCUAAAGUGAAUUAAGCAAAGCGCUGACCACCAUCCGCCUGAACUAAUGAAGUUUGCCUUUUCUAAUAACUUUGGCGGCCACCUCCUGUAUGACCGCACUAUGCCUCCCAUCAUGUUUGAAACAGUCAGACAAUAGUUAAGUUACUUUGACACAGGCUACGUUUUUUGGGGGGAAAAAAACACCAUUGCAGUUCACCAUUGCUGGUUUUAGCCUAAAUAAUCUGGAGAGAAGAUCAGUGUAUUAUAGGAAAAUGAUAAUUUAUCCUUGUACAAAGUGAAAGAAUUUUAAAAAGUUGUUUGUUAUUUAAAUGCCAUUUUUGUAUAAGAUGAAUAAAAAGCUUUGGUUACUGGUG